AUGCCUCACUGCCCGCGGAGUCCACUGCGAACCCACACGGCUCCCUCGCUACCCCACGAGCAACCGGGUUCUUACACCGCAACUGUUACCUUACAUGGUGAGCGGAGGGUAGCGGAUGCAUAUGCAUCUGAAGUUUGUUGGGGCGGCCAGACUGGCACAAGAUGGGGCAGCACACACCGUGGGGUUGAGCAGGCUGACGUGUGGAAAACCGCAUUAUGCCCACAAGCGGCAUUUCAGAGAAGGGCGUUGUCCCUACUUGGUGAGGGUCAUACGGGAACACGCCAUGGCCUCCUAAAAGAGCCCCAUUUGCGGUGCUGUGAUGCAGGUGAAACCGCACGUCCUACGAGACAUAUUGAGCGCCACCGUAGUCCCACGACGGUUGGUGGCGAUGCAGUUCAACAGCUUGGCACAACAUUAUGCCAUAGUAGUUAUUGCCGAAUGCCUUCGGUGAAUCCUCCGGCAACCGCGUACGAACGAGCCCUUGCAAAGCAUGGGAAGCGACUCCUAGCUGCGGUCCAGAGGGAGCAGAGAAGAAAAUUAGAAGAACAGCGGAAUCGUCAAGUGCUUGAGCGCCGCAAGGCUCUUUACGAAAGGUAUACCAAGUGGAAUCGGCAGUCGACUCAUAAGAACGGCUCGGAGCAAACACCAGCGGCGGCUUCCCGCUGUGAAGAGGUUGAGGCCCGGCAGCACAGUGCGCUCACAGUUACCAUCGGCGCUUCUGAAACUGUUGGAAGUUCGCCUUCAUCACUCCCAGGUGGGGGGACUUUAGAGACGACGUUACAAGCAACCAAACAUUUGCUACUUGAACAUACCACAGAGGUUGUGGGUUGCUCUACAGCUCCGUUCAAUGAGCCUGUUGGGGGAAAACAUAACCAAAUGCCGCGCAACACCAUGUACCCCAAGGAACUACAGGAGCCACAGAACCAUAAUUUGGCAGAGUGCGAGUGCUCAACCUCGUUCAUGGCGUACUUAGCGGGGAGGCUUUCACCGAGGAGACGCUGCGGGGGUAGUAGGUUUAAUCCCGGAUCUGGUGGCAGAGGCGACUUCAUCCACGUGUGUUGGCCUCACUGCUUCACUCCACCGCGCCCCUUACCUUGCAGACAAGUUCCACACGAAUGGGGAAGAAACCUUGUUGCUUCCCUUGCAACGUGUGGUGACGCCGAUGGUGAGGGACUGCGGUGGGGAUUGCCGUCUCCAUUGAGUUGCGUGCUUCCGGAUGAUAUCCAUCAAACUUCGCUGCGGCGCUCUCCUCGCACUGCUGAGGCAACCGCUCUUUCGCAGCGGUACUGCACAUCUUUGGAUGGUAGUGUAAACGAAUGUGCUGGGGAAGAACGGCAUCUGCUCACCUUCAUGCGACCAAUGGACCAACCACGCCCCCUCUUGAGUUACCACAGACCGAAAACAAUAUGUGAGGAUCAAGGAGGCGCUUAUGCUGCUUCGGCAUGCCCUUAA